CAUAGCUCACCGGUUGACUAAAAGGUAAGAUUGACCAAAACCAAUGGAUUCGGAACUCAAACAAAGAAGCCUGGCUCUGAAUAUUUUGGAGCCAUGUAUCCUUGUUACAAUGACAAUGGUGUGCCUGAUUGGAAACUGCCUGACAUGCAUAGCUGUGUACAGGAACGAAAGGCUUCGUACCUCCACAAACAUCUACCUGAUUUCUUUAGCUAUCAGUGAUAUUAUCAACGCUGCCAUCGUAAUGCCUUUGACUGUGGGUGUCCUUAUUAUAGGGGAAUGGCCAUACGGCGAGGCAGUCUGCGAUUUCCACGCCUUCUUCACCCUGUUUUCUGUUUACGUAUCCCCAACCACGAUGGGACUGACGGCCUUCAACAGAUACGUCCGCGUCGCUAAGCCUCAACACUACCCACAAAUCUUUACUGAUGCUCGGUCAAAAAUAUAUGUCGCUGCGGUUUGGCUGACUGUCGCCGGGUACGUUUCAAUUCCCAAGAUGGCUGGCUGGACCGAAUAUGGCUUCUUUGCUGGGUAUGCCGUUUGCACAACUGUGCAACCCACAGAAACUAUGAAAACAGUUCAUUAUAGCAUCGUUGUCUGUUUUUUCUUUCUUCUUCCACUUGGAGUUGCAUCAGUUUCCUACUUCAAGGUCUUCAAGAAAAUAAAACAUCAUAAUCUGAACAUGGCUUCAACGGCCCAAGCCGAGGACAGGGAAAAUCGACUGACCGUCAAAGAGAUCAAGGUUACCAAAUCGCUCGCCAUUGUUGUGUUCGCCUUCGCACUGUGUUGGAUUCCAUUUUGGAUCAUUGUGGUGAUACAGCGCUUCGCUUCUGAUGUUGUCGUUCCACGUAACAUCCAACUGCUUUGUCCCUUUUUGAUGUUCUUCUCGAGCACUAUAAACCCAUUUAUAUAUGCUGGCAUGAAUCCCUCAUUCCGCGCCGAGUUUCGUCGAAUUUUGCUCUGCAAAGUGAAGUCAUUACAAGUGUGUAAGGAGCUCCGCGGUUCCGAAGACCUUGAUUUAAAGAAAAUAUCGGCGGGGAGCGACCGCGGAGUUGGAUAUCAGGAAGAAGAGGGGGGUACUUCAGUCACAAACGUUUAACUGGCGAGUUAAACGUACGAAGUAAACAAAAAAUCAAAGGAUAAAUUCACAUUGAUUUAAAUGCUAAAUUUUUUAGCUUUUACUUUCACCACUUUAUAUUGAUUUGUCGUGAAUUUUAAUCGAUAUCAGUGCUAUCCGUUGUUAUGAAUCCCUAAUGAAUUAUAACUGCAUCAUUUCUUAGUUAAUUUAAAUUCACUUACAGAAAUAAGUUUCGAAUCCAAACGAACUAUUAAUGGAGAGAAUAAGCUUGGCACAAAUAAAGAAACUGUAAAUAC